UCCCCGGAUGUGGAGCAGUCGUCAUUUCGCUGCAGCUCACGGCAGGGAGGCCGUCGCGGGGCGGAGCGCGGCGCCGUGCGCGCGAGGGUUGGGAACUGGGGCGCGUUGGCUGCUCGCUGUACGCUGGGAGGUACCACCGCCACCACUACCCGGGGGGGAGGAGCUGGAGGCGGCGGCGGCGGCGGCGGCUGUUAGGAGACAGCCCUGGCGCGACGGGGCCAGGCAGAAGAGAAUCCAGCCUCAAAGUUUCCCUUCCGCCGCCCCCGUCUCCUCGGUGGGCGAAGGCUCCCCCUCAGUCACCCGCGCCCCGCGCUCCCGGCCGGGGGAUAGCGUUGUCUCCUGGCGGCUGUCGCUGUAGCCUGGCUCCGGAGCCCGGAGAAAGCGGGGGAGUCUCCGCCCACGCCCCCCUCCCCUCUCGCAUCCCCCCGCCGCCGAGCCGGGAAUCGGGCUAAGGCCCGAGCAGAGACCGGGGCGGCGGUGGCAGCGGCCGCGGCGGAGACUGAAAAGCUGGUGUGUCCGCCGAGGUGACCGCGCCACCGCCCCGCUGAGCAACUCCCGCCUCCCCCGGGCUUCGCUGCUGCAGCCGCCGCCGGCGCCCCCGCCGCCGAGCGUCCGGCCUCGGCCCGGCUCCCUCACGGGUCCCCCGGCUGCAGCAGCGGAGCCCCCCGUCCGGGCCCCGAUGAGUAACUCCCGGAACAACCGAGUGAUGGUGGAAGGGGUCGGGGCUCGGGUGGUCCGGGGCCCGGACUGGAAGUGGGGGAAGCAGGACGGCGGCGAGGGCCAUGUGGGCACCGUGCGUAGCUUUGAGAGCCCCGAAGAGGUGGUGGUGGUGUGGGACAAUGGUACCGCUGCCAACUACCGCUGCUCCGGGGCCUACGACCUCCGCAUCCUGGACAGUGCCCCCACAGGCAUCAAGCAUGAUGGAACCAUGUGUGAUACUUGUCGACAACAGCCAAUUAUUGGUAUCCGAUGGAAAUGUGCUGAGUGUACAAAUUAUGACUUGUGCACAGUCUGUUAUCAUGGAGACAAACAUCACUUAAGGCAUCGUUUUUACAGAAUUACCACACCAGGAAGUGAAAGGGUACUUUUAGAAUCUCGUCGGAAAUCAAAGAAAAUUACAGCUAGAGGAAUCUUUGCAGGUGCCAGAGUGGUUCGUGGGGUGGAUUGGCAAUGGGAGGAUCAAGAUGGUGGAAAUGGAAGAAGAGGGAAGGUAACUGAAAUUCAAGACUGGAGUGCCUCCAGCCCACACAGUGCAGCAUAUGUUCUAUGGGACAAUGGUGCUAAGAACCUUUACAGAGUUGGCUUUGAAGGCAUGUCUGACUUGAAGUGUGUCCAAGAUGCUAAAGGAGGCUCUUUCUACAGAGACCACUGCCCUGUGCUAGGUGAACAGAAUGGUAACCGGAAUCCUGGUGGACUACAGAUUGGUGACCUAGUAAACAUAGAUCUUGAUCUAGAGAUUGUACAGUCUUUGCAACAUGGGCAUGGAGGCUGGACUGAUGGCAUGUUUGAGACUUUAACUACAACUGGAACAGUUUGUGGCAUUGAUGAAGAUCAUGACAUUGUAGUACAGUACCCAAGUGGAAAUAGAUGGACCUUCAAUCCAGCUGUGCUUACUAAAGCUAAUGUUGUUAGAAGUGGGGAUGCUGCACAGGGUGCAGAAGGGGGUACUUCACAGUUUCAAGUGGGUGACCUUGUUCAGGUUUGUUAUGAUCUGGAAAGAAUUAAGCUUCUACAAAGAGGUCAUGGUGAAUGGGCAGAAGCUAUGCUUCCUACCUUGGGCAAAGUUGGUCGUGUACAGCAGAUUUAUUCAGACAGUGACUUAAAGGUAGAAGUUUGUGGGACAUCUUGGACUUACAAUCCUGCAGCUGUUUCUAAGGUGGCUUCAGCAGGAUCAGCUAUUAGCAAUGCAUCUGGUGAGAGACUGUCUCAACUCUUGAAGAAACUGUUUGAAACUCAAGAGUCUGGGGACCUUAAUGAAGAAUUAGUUAAAGCUGCUGCUAAUGGAGAUGUUGCCAAAGUAGAAGAUUUAUUAAAGAGACCAGAUGUUGAUGUAAAUGGACAAUGUGCUGGACACACUGCCAUGCAAGCUGCUAGUCAGAAUGGACAUGUUGACAUUUUAAAACUGCUUUUGAAGCAAAAUGUGGAUGUAGAAGCAGAGGAUAAAGAUGGAGACAGGGCUGUUCACCAUGCAGCUUUUGGAGAUGAAGGUGCUGUCAUAGAAGUGCUACACAGAGGUAGUGCAGAUUUGAAUGCUCGAAACAAACGCAGACAGACUCCACUUCAUAUUGCUGUUAAUAAAGGUCACCUUCAAGUUGUGAAGACUUUAUUGGACUUUGGCUGUCAUCCAAGUCUUCAGGAUUCUGAAGGUGACACACCCCUCCAUGAUGCAAUAAGUAAAAAACGUGAUGAUAUCCUUGCAGUCCUUCUAGAAGCUGGGGCAGAUGUUACAAUCACAAACAACAAUGGGUUUAAUGCUCUACAUCAUGCUGCACUACGAGGAAACCCCAGUGCAAUGCGUGUGUUACUAUCCAAACUGCCAAGACCAUGGAUUGUGGAUGAGAAGAAAGAUGAUGGCUAUACUGCCUUGCAUCUAGCUGCACUUAAUAAUCAUGUAGAAGUGGCUGAACUCUUGGUGCAUCAGGGCAAUGCAAAUCUGGAUAUCCAGAAUGUGAACCAGCAAACAGCACUACACCUUGCUGUUGAACGACAACACACCCAAAUAGUCAGGCUUUUGGUUCGUGCAGGUGCUAAACUGGAUAUUCAGGAUAAAGAUGGAGAUACUCCCUUGCAUGAAGCUCUGAGACAUCAUACUUUAUCACAACUCCGCCAGCUCCAAGAUAUGCAGGAUGUAGGGAAAGUAGAUACAGCUUGGGAACCAUCCAAAAACACAUUAAUAAUGGGACUUGGUACACAAGGAGCAGAGAAGAAGAGUGCAGCAUCUAUUGCCUGCUUCUUAGCAGCCAAUGGAGCUGAUCUUAGCAUUCGAAAUAAGAAGGGCCAGUCUCCACUUGAUCUGUGUCCUGAUCCUAGCCUCUGCAAAGCACUAGCCAAGUGUCACAAAGAAAAAGUCAGUGGUCAAGUGGGUUCACGGAGUCCUUCCAUGAUCAGUAACGAUUCAGAAACUUUAGAAGAAUGUAUGGUAUGUUCAGAUAUGAAGAGAGAUACUCUUUUUGGCCCAUGUGGACAUAUUGCUACAUGUUCUCUGUGUUCUCCACGUGUCAAGAAAUGCCUCAUCUGUAAAGAACAAGUUCAGUCUAGAACAAAGAUUGAAGAAUGUGUGGUGUGCUCUGACAAGAAAGCUGCUGUUCUUUUUCAGCCCUGUGGCCACAUGUGUGCUUGUGAGAAUUGUGCUAACCUGAUGAAGAAGUGUGUGCAAUGUCGGGCAGUAGUUGAACGGAGAGUACCUUUCAUAAUGUGUUGUGGAGGAAAAGGUUCAGAAGAUGCCACUGAUGACAUUGCAAGUGGAAACAUUCCAGUUUUACAGAAGGACAAGGACAACACCAAUGUCAAUGCUGAUGUACAGAAAUUACAGCAACAAUUACAAGAUAUCAAAGAGCAGACGAUGUGUCCUGUAUGUUUGGAUCGUCUGAAGAAUAUGAUAUUCCUCUGUGGCCACGGAACAUGUCAACUUUGUGGAGACCGAAUGAGUGAAUGCCCUAUUUGCCGCAAAGCCAUUGAACGAAGGAUCCUUUUGUAUUAAAUAAGAAAUAGCAGUGUGUUUUGUUAGCUAAACAAAAUUUAAAUGCAUUUGAUAAGGCAGUUCUAGUGAAAUACUGUAUAAUACCAUAGUAUAUGUAUUGCAUUAUGAUUACUUUGAAUGCACCAAACCAAACAAACCACAAAACAGUAUUUGGACAGUCAUUUUAAAAUUUGGAUCAAAUCCAUGUAACCCACAGUUAAUUUUUUUAAAGUUUUUUACUCCAGCCUUGCAGAGUAUGGUUGUAAUGGGACAGAUUUACAAAUACAUUUAAUUCCUUAUACUUUACUAUUUCCAUUAAAUUUUCUUUUCAGUUUAAUCAGCCCUUAGGUGAUACACUUUUUUGUGCUUUCUCUUAUCCUUAGCAUUAAUAUUUGCAUUUUUCCACACUAAGCGUAACAUAGAUUUUAAGAAAUUAACACCUUUUUAAAAUGUCAUUUGGUGCCAAGUUAAGCAGGCAAGUCAAAUCUUUAUGUCAUUCAUAUUAAGAAUAAAGAGUGUUCCAAAAGUCUUAGUGCCGUUUGAGACGUCAGUAGACCUAUGACUAAGACUUUGGGACACCCUGUAUAAAAUCCUAAGUUUGAGAAAUAUUUUGAGGAAGGUAGUGGUGUGGUACAGUAAAAGAUUGCUGAACUUUGGAAUCACAAGUUUGAAUUAGACUUUGCCACGUACUGCCUGUUGACACUGGGCAAAUUCUUUUACCUCUCUGGGCUUUAGUUAAUUUAUUUGUAAAAUUCCAGCUCUAGAUCUAAGAUCACAUGACCUGUGUUCUAAAAACAUAUAUUUUUGCUUUAAUUUCUAAUUAUUUUUUCCAAUUUUUUUAAAGUAACAAGAGUAUGGAAUAGAGAAAGGAAAAUGCUUCAUAUUAACAGCUUAUUUCCUAAGUUAUAAAAGAAAAAAAUCAGUCACUUAAUUUCAUUGUCAAUUAACUUAAAGUAAUUAAUAUUCUUAAAGAAAAAAUAAGAUUGGGCAACCCCCUGGGAAAUGUAAAAAAAAAAGAUCAUUUCCCCACAGUUCUGCAAAACAGAAUUUUAUAUAUAUAUAUAUAUAUAACUUCUGGCCAUUAUUAAAAGACACUACCCUUCCUAUAUGACUUAGUAUACUGUUAUUAUUAAGCCUUAUAGAAAAGUGAUGAGAAAAUAUGGCAUAAUCACUCCAAUACUCCAAUAGCAGUUGCAGAAUUGCCAAUAUUUAGCUUGAUCUGACCAUUAAGAAGAGUAACGCUCCUUUCCCAGGCCAUUGAGUUGUCUCUUAGUAAAUUAACUUUAACAGCGCACUUGGACAAUGAUGUACCUUCCAGAAGGCAGCAGUUUUCUCUUUCUUCUUGCAGGAUCAGAUCCAUUACUUUUGAUAGUGUUGCUAAUUCUAUCUUCAUAGGUCUUUUGUGAUUUUAAAAUUGUCUCCCCAAGUUAUUGGUAUAGCUUUAUGAACUUAAAGUCUUUGUACUUACAAAUAACUAUUUCAAUCAUUGCAGCCAGUGCUCUCCAAAGAAUGUUUAAGAGCAGUAAAAAUAGAUUUUUCAUCUUUUAUGGAAGACGUGGCUCUGGUGGUCAGUACAAAGAUAAGAAAAACAAUUUUUGGUGACUUUACUUGCUUUUACACUAUCAUUGGCUAUUUAAAGAUUUUUUAGUCUUUAAAUGAACAGAGAAGCAUACUAGCUUAUCAAAAAGAAAUAUCAAGUGUAUUUAUACUUUUUGUUGAUGUACAGGUGUGCAUUGUCAGUAGUUUAGAGCGACAAUUUGCUGACUUCAUCACCUAACCUCUUUACAUAUAUAUAUGUGUGUGUGAGUGUAUGUAUUUGUGUGUGUGUGUGUGUGUGUGUGUGUGUGUGUGUGUGUGUGUGUAUACAUGUCCUUUUUAUCUAAAGUACACACACACACACAUUCACUCUUUAGGCUACUUCUUGCAGGUUUUAAUUAUUAUUAUUUUUUUUUUUUACAGUUCUGUUGGUGAUUUUUGUUCAAGUUUUCCUACCAUUUCCUACUAAUUAGAAAGUGCAGAGUUUCUAGCCUCAAAAUAUAAAGAGGAGGGCAAUGAACUGUUUGUUUAGUUUCUUGUACAGAAUAUAGUCAGCAUUUCUUUUUUUCUGCCCUGUUAUGAGAUGUCUUUCUCUUAACUGGAGCUCAAGGAUGCCAAAGGUGUCCAUUGGUAGAUUUCAGAAGGUCUGUGAACAUUGAUUAAAAAAAAACAAAAACCAACUUCUUUAUUUCAAUUGGUUCCCAUGUAAAUCCUGUGUAUUUUAUUUUAUAUAUUUAAAAACAUUAUUGUUCUGAGAAAAGGGUUUGUAUGUUUCAUUAAAUAGUAAAAGGGGUCACUAAAAGUUAAGAAACUUCGAUUCUACCAAAUACUAUUUCCACAUAGCUAAGUAUUGCGUUGACUGAUUAAGGUGACUCAUUUUGGCUAAUCUGAGAACUACAGUAAUACUUUUUGUUCUGAAAAUGAUAAUUUUAUUCAACAAAACAUUUUCUUUUUUCCCUGAAUCUUGAGUUCUAGAAUUCACUGUGAAGAAGACUUUUUGCCCUUUCCUACUGUUCUGAAUACUUUGGUUUAUGGUUUUAAAAUACAACAUUUCUAAGCUCCUAUCCCAAAGUUUAUAAUUGAUAGUUAUUGUCAAUGGAUUUGUGGAUUUAUAUUAGUUAUUAUAUUUCUGAAGAUAAUUUUGUGAAUAGAUGGUAAUCUCUUUAAUUCUGGUUUUGUGAGAGAUGAUGAUGAAGAGCAGAAUUGAACACGUUCUUCAGCUUUUUGAACUUCAACUUCUGUUUUGCACCUCCUAGCAGUAGUUUCUGAAUAAGUUAGAUCUCAUCCCAUUACCAUCUCUCUUUAUCCUGUUGUCUCCAAGGAUUGUUUUCAAUUAUGUAUUGAACUACUAGUUGAUCAGAUCUCUAGAAGGCUCUUGUUUUAGAAAAGAACCAGGACCACUUAGAUAUUGUUUUGCCAUUGCCAUUUCCUUAAUUCUUAAUUUCUUUUACAUAAUCAAGUAAUAUUUAUUCAGUAUCAUAUUGCACUGAGUUAAAUGACCAACACUUUUGAUGACUUCAGUUUGAACUUUGAAUCUCCAAACACUAAUUAGUUAUGAAACAGCUACUAAAUUAAUUUUUUAUUUUAAGCUCUUUUCCUUUUAUUUUUCUACUAAUUAAGCUAAGGAAGACAAAUCUCAGAUACAUGAAUGUAACUUUAGUCAGUGCUAUUUCCUGCACUUGAGGCCUUGAAAAAUUCUAUAGGCACUAUCUUUCAUUCAUGCAUCCAGUUUCCUCUGCUGGCAUCCUUCUCAGCAAUCCCAUUUGUUGUUCUGUCCAGUGCAUUAGUACCUACCUUUUAUUGUUUUGUGUGUAUUGGGUUUUUGUUUGAGGGAAGAAUGGAGGCGACAAGUAACUUGUCAUACUUUUACAUGUCUUAUUUUAUAAAUUACUCCUUAUGUAUAUUUAGCCAGCUGUAUGUACUCUUUUUGUUUCAUUGUUAGCCCUUACUACCAUAUAAUAAGUUAUUAACUACCACAACCUUACAUUACUCUGUAAGACCUUAUGUUAACCACCAGGCUUUCAAAGUCCAGUGUUAGAUCAAAUAUUAAUUCCUGAUAUAUCAGGGUUGUCUGAAUUUUAAUACUGUCACAUUCUGUUUUAAUAAUAACCACUAUCACAAUUUGAUUUGGCAUUCUAUAUUGAAUACUUUCUUAGAAGUAGAUGUUAAAAUUAGCUUUAUAAGGGAAAAAAAGCCAGUAUAAUUCAACCAACAUUAAGCACCUAUGGUAUUCAGAACACUGGGAAGGAUAGAAAAUUUGGAGAACACAUGAUCCUUGUUACUUGGAUGUCAGAAAAUAUGAUAGGUUUCUUGUUUGUCUCUUUUUUACUGAUCUAUAUCAUAACUGGAGUUUUCUGUUAUAACACUGCCAAUUCUUGGAAUAAUACUAGUAAGUUUAAAUUGAAAACUUACUGAAGGUGCUAUUCUUUAAAACAAUCAUUUUAAUGUACUUUUUCCUAUUGCUAUGCACCAUCUACAUAUCUUAUAAAAUCUUCAUGCCCAAGAUGAAAAGUAGCGUGAAUAAAAAUGCUGUUAGGAUAAUACUAGUUGUAACCAAUUAAUUAGUUUCACUGACAUAAUAGGUGAUGCAGCAUUAAAAGCUGAAUUAAGGAAAUGCUAAAGGUGAAACACUACAAAUUGACAACUUGUGGAAGUGUUCAUCAAAGUCCAACUUUCCUAAGUUUUUUUAAGUGAUUUGGUUUGCAAGACCAUUUUUAACAUUUAAAUCUAUGUUACUUAACUUUUGUACAACUCAUUAUAUCUGUAUCAAAGCACAGUAUCUAGGUAGCUUAAGAAGUUAACUUUGCCAUAUGUGCAUACAGUGUACCUGUGCCAUUUAGAUCGUGAAUGCUGCCAAAUUACUCUUGCCUUGUUUAGUCAUGUUUGUGCUUCCUUCUCAUAGGGUCUUACUUAAGCUUAGUGUAAAGAAGUUGUGGGAUUUCAGAGAAGAGGACAUGGCAGUGAAGAUGGUGGCAAAUAUAUGAACGGGACUGGGAGCAGGAUGAUUGACCUCUGAACAAAGAGGAACAAAGGGAUUAUCAAAGUCUCACGAAGGCAGCCUGUGGGAAAUAUUUAAUACCAAAAAAGCCAUUUCAGUUAAUAAAACCAGUUUUUUAAAAUCAUAUUUCAUUAUAUUCAGCAAUUGCUUUGUAAAUUAUAAGUUUAAAAUGGUUUUUCAUUUGCUCCAAAAGGGAAAGCAUUUAACCCCUCUCUCAUAAAGUAAUUAAAGUUUUUGAUAAGAAGUCCUGGGAAGUUAAUCUUUUUCCUUAUGUGUCUCUAUAAUUCAAGAAAUAUCUAAAUUCUAUCAAUAGUAACGUGCUUGUGUAUAUUUCUUAACAAUUUAACCAAGAGACGAAAUUAUUGGUAAGCAUAGUUCUCACAAAAUAUUUUUGGCACUCCACUAGGCAAUCAUUAAAAAUAAUAUGCCAUAGGUUCCUUCCCUUCACUAUUAAUUGCGCAUUUGAUAGUCAUUUUGGGGGAAGUUUAAAAAUUCUAUUCAUUGGAAUAUAAUUGUGUCCCCCCCCCCUCCUUUUUUUAGCUACCAAAAAAAAGCUAUAAACAAGCUCUGAAUUUGAGCCAAGGUUUAUAACAUUUUCACAAAUACACAACUUGAAGCAAAAAUGUAAAUAAACUUUAAAAUCUAUUUGUGAAUUUAUUUUUGCUAAAACAGAAGAACCUAAUUUGACUUUACUCAUAUGUUAUAAUAAGAAUACUCACUGAUUUUGUUUGAUAAUUUUAUGAAGGUGGAUUUUUACUCAAGCAAACAAAAUUAUAGCAGUAUUAAAAUGAUAUUUUGGGACAGCUAGGUGGCACAGGGGAUAGAAUGCUAGGCCUGCAAUCAGGAAGACCUGAUAUCAAAUCUGGCUUUAGGCACUAGUGGUAUGACCCUGAGCAAAUCACUUUAACCCUGUUUGCCUCCAAAAAUGAAAUUAUUUUGUGAAUAGUUUAAACAAAGUUUGAGGAAGCUUUUUAAAGCUGAUUUGAUGGUUGUUUGGUAUAAGAAAAAUGUUUAGAUUGUUUCAAUCUUCUCAUUAAUAAUUGCUGGUGAAUGGUAGAAACACAGACAAUUAGUGUUGAUCAGUUAAUGUUUCAUAGCUUAAGACUCCUUGAAACUUUCUACCUCCUUUCUGUCAAAGUGUUACAUUUUGCCACAAUUCUAGUCUUCAGGGUCAAAGGAAAGGGGAAGUCUGGAAUUAGAGGGUUUUGUUAGUGGCAUUUGUUUUUUUUUUUAAAACAAACAUCCCCCUGCGGCGGUGCGCCCCCAUUCCCCUCCCCCCCCCAGCUUGGGGGUUUUAUUUGGACAUCUAUGUUUGGUUCCUAAAUUAAUUACAAACUGUUCAAUUUGAUCUUUAAAUGUAUAAUAAUAAAAUUGCCAAGUUUUACAUGUACUGUUCUCAUCCAUUUUAUAGGCUGUUUGAUUUACUUUCCUCCAAAACCAAAAAAAUUUUUUGUUCAUUUCCAUGUUUUCUUCCCUCCCCACAUGUUAUUUCCUUUUAAACUUAUAACUGCAGUAAUUAAAAGUUCUGACUCAGGGCUUUUUAACAGUUUAAGCAAAAUUCCUAUGUGUUUGUUACAUUUUUAGAAAACUCCAUCCACAUCAUUGUUUAGUGCCUUGAAAGAAUUAUUGACUUGGCAACUACCAUUAGACCAUUACAGUGUGCCUGUCUGUCAGUAUGUAUAAACAUGUGUGUCAUUGGUAAUUCUGUAAAGGAAGUUUUGUAGAUUUAAAUUUGAAGAUUAUUUUUUAAGAACUGAUCAUUCAUGUCCAUGACAACUAUACUAGUAGACAGAAUAAUUCUGUGUUUAUAUUCAUACUAAGUUACAUGUAUAAAGUAUCUGGGGAGAGGAUUUGCUUUUUUACAUAAUUAUGCCUAGUUGAUUUGAAAGGAGGAUUCAGUAUGUUAACAGUGAGGUCCCCCCCCCCCCUUGUAUCCUAGCAUUAACAAUAAAAAAAGCAUCUGCAUGGAGUUUCUUAAUGAUAAUCCUAAUUUGUCAGUUCACAUGCUUUUCUUUUGUCCAAGUUUAAUAUGCUAGUGUCAUCAGUCUAAUAUAUUCAAUAGUAGAAGACAAGUUUCAGUGGCUCAUUGCAAUAUUUUGUUUUCAUCUCCCUACAGUUGUUAGGUUUAUACCAUUUGAUGGAAUUUGAAGUCUUUUGUGUGAAUAUAGCUUAAUUUCUGUACUACAGAUGACUUUGCUUAUUAGUCUUCAGUUUUUAAGAAAUGCUUAGCGAGUCCUAAGCUUUUGAAAUUAAAUGCUAAUAUCUUCCUAUUAAUAAAGUUUUAUUAUAUAAUGUCUUAA